AUGAAAUAACUCAAAAUUAAUAAUCAGUUCGUCACUUAAAAGAAGAUUUCGUAAGGGUCUUUUGGAAUAGUAAUGUAAGGAAUUGAUUAGAAAAAUGGAAACUAAGUAGCUAUAAAAAUUGAAAGGCCAGAAAAUGAACAUUUGCGUUCUCUUGAAAGGGAAAUUGAAAUUUUAUCAAGAUUAUCAAAUAUUAAAGGAGUACCAUAAGUGUUUUAUUAUGGUUGGGAGGAUGCCUAUAAUGUAAUUGUCAUGGAAUUGUUAUAAAAAGAUUUAUCUUCGAUUUUAAAGUAAAGGAAAAAGUUUAGUUUAAAAUCUGUUUUCUAACUAUUGAUAGAACUGGUUUUAAUAUUAGAAGAAAUACAUAAACAAGGUGUACUUCAUAGAGACUUGAAACCAGAGAAUAUAAUGUUAGAUGAUAUAAAUAGGGUUUAUUUAAUCGAUUUCGGGAUAAGUAAAAUAUAUAUUCGUAAAAAUGGGAUUUUAAUGUAUUAUCUUAAAUUAUGUAAAAAAGUCCUUUUAAAGAUAGAGUACCAUUCGUAGGUACUUCUAGAUAUGCUUCAAUAGCAGCACAUAAAGGAUAUGAAUUAGGAAGAAAGGACGAUUUGGAGUCAUUAUUUUAUGUUAUGCUCUAUUGUCUCAAAGGGUAUCAGCUUGUGAAUAGUAUUAGUUUAGUAAUUUACCAUGGCAAAACCUCAAGCAUGUACCUGAUGAUUAAAGAACUUAAAAAAUAGGAGAGAUUAAGGAGAAUAUUGAGGUAAAAGAACUAUUCAAAGAUUUGCCAAAUGAAUUCAUUAAAAUAUAUGAGUAAUAAAAUCUAAUAAUUAUUAGAUAUUUGAGAAAAUUGACUUAUGCAUCUGAACCAGACUAUAAAACAAUUGUGAAAUUAAUUUAAUAAGCAGCUAAACAUAGUAAUAUUUUUCUGGAUAAUAAAUACGAAUGGGAUAUUCAAAUGAAUAAUUAUGACAAAAAUAUUAAUAGGUAUGGAACUUUACAAACUGAAGAAUUACCAUUAAAGUAAUUUGAAAAGUUUUCUUCUAAUUUACUUAAUUGUAAUAACUUACUUGCAUAAACUCCAUCUAAAUUUAAAUAAUUAUAACCUCCGAUAAAUAAAUAAGAAUCUUAUUAGAAUAGCAAUAGCAAUAAUGGCAGUGGCAAUCAAAAUUUAAGUAUAUACAAUUCAAUGGGAAUCAUUUACUAGAGAUCUAUAGAUGAAAUUAGUGAAGAGCUCUAAGAACCAAUCCCAGAUGAAAUGAAAAGCUAAAAUAAUAUUUGUUUAAAAACGUUGCCUGAUGCAUUAAAAAAACCUAGACUAAUCUUUAAGACUACUUAAUUUGAUGAUGAUGAAUAAUUUAAAGAAGAUCACUUUUUAUCAGAGAAAUAUCAUAGUUUAAGUGCUUAAGUAACUACUAUUUUUUAAAAUCACAAAAAAUGA